AUGCCUGUCGAAUCCCAAAAUAUUUAUGACAACCCGGACUUCUUCGUUGCAUACGGAGACCUCCCUCGAUCCCAACACGGUCUGCCGGCUGCACCAGAAUGGCCUAUUCUGGAGGAGAUGAUUCGCAAUCUGAAGUCUUCUCCCACACGGCCAUCAGAAGACCCUCUGCAAGGAUCUCAGAUCCUCGACUUAGGGUGUGGUUACGGCUGGUUCAUCCGCUGGGCCCGAGAGAAAGGCGCUGCCUACAUCAAGGGAGUUGAUAUUUCCCAAAAUAUGAUCAACCGCGCAAAGGAAUUUGAGGCUGAGAUAAACCACCCAACCCAAAAUGGGGUGGUGGCGCCAGACCCUGCUACAGAAGUCAUCUUCGAAAUUCAUGAUCUGGAAACUAUAAAUUUGAGCAACCAGUCCGAAAAAGGGUUUUAUGAUCUGGUUUACAGUUCCCUGACUCUUCACUACAUUGAGGAUAUUGUACGACUCUUUCGUGAAAUCCACAGCUGCUUGAAAAAGGGUAGCAAUAAUGAGCGAAGGGGGAGGCUGAUCUUCUCUGUUGAACACCCCAUUGGAACCGCCCUAGUCAAUCCAGGGCCGGGCUUCAAGGUGAUACAGGAAGCAGGUGAAGACCGGACAAUAUGGCCAUUAAAUUCUUAUGGCAGUGAGGGUUUGCGCUUGACUAGCUGGCUGGGAGCAGAGGGAGUGAGGAAAUAUCAUCGCACUGUUGAGACCUACGUCACAGCCUUGCUUGAGAACGGAUUUGUGUUGACCGGAUUGAAGGACUGGUCUCCUUCAAAGGAGGAUGUCGCAGGGCAACCAGAAUGGAGAAUGGAGAGACAUCGUCCAUACUUUCUGCUGAUUUCUGCUGAGGUGAGAGAAUAA